GUCUAUAGCCGACCAUGGAGAUUACACUUAUUAUCCUGGCUAUAACUGGAUUCAGCAUUAGUAUUUGCUACGGGAACACGUGUUAUUUCCAGAAGACACUUUACAGAUGGGGAACCACAAAAGUAGGAUGGUGGGGAAGAAAAAAUGUAAGAAGGGUUUACUAUUCAACAGGUUCACGCUGUUGUACUGGGUACAACGGGCCAUCUUGUAGAACUCCUAUUUGCAAUCCUCCUUGUAUUGGUGGUACCUGUGUGUCACCUAAUAGGUGUCAAUGCGACAACGCUCAUACAGGAAGCACCUGUCAAACAGUUUUAUGUUCUCACCUGAAACCUUGCUUCCCCGGGCAUUGCACGUAUCCUCACAACUGUAGAUGUCAGUCUGGUUUCACAGGCACCACUUGCCUAACAUUGCAAGCUUCUCAAACACCAUAUCUCCUUCGCACCAGCACAUACCUCGUCAAUCAGGAAAGAACGAGCGGUAAAGUGUUCGCCAGAUUCCUGUCCGAUUCCACAGCACCAAACACUGGUUAUACAGAUAGAAUUUGGUUGAUGAAGCAUGAUUUCAAUAUCAUCAACAUCUACUUCGAAUCAAUGUACAACUAUCCCUUGCUGGAGGAGAAUGGCAAUUACAUUGAAAACUACGGCUUUGGGAUAGUGGACGGGCGAGCUCGUUUGACACUUACAAAAAUUCAGCAACAAGGAUCCUCUACGUCAUAUAGACAACAGAAAAACUACACCUGUCCACACAACCCCAAUACAGCUAAACCACAAGAAGGUGUCUUUAAAUGCAACAUAACUGAUACUGAUUUUGAUUGGUUGUUAGAAAAUGGAGAUAUUAUGGUGGCUACGGUAUCAACACAGAGUGGGGGAUUCCGAGAUAUCCGGUCGCUAGAUACAUUAUCACAUUACCAAACCGACAUUUAUGAAAGUCAAACGGCAACAAAACAGAUGCAGUUCAUGUUCGACCACCACCCACCUGACCACUGUAUGGAAACGAAAACAUGUUCCCGACAGCCGCUUCUAAUUAGUAAUGACAUCUCAAAGGGACCUGUAACCAUAUCGUGGGACGGUUGGAACGACACUUUAUCGGGUAUCCACAUCUACACUGUACAGGUAUAUCCUUUAAAACCAGACAGGACAGGCGACCUGACCGAGGUCAAUCCCACCAGCCCUAUCUACUACUUGACCAAUUUGACUAAUACCUCGAACCCGACAUACCUACCACCUUCUCCUGGAAUGUAUUCCGUUCUGUUGGAGGUAGGAGAUAAAGCUAACAACACCAAGUACAGCCGAAGGACGCUGCUGUUUGAUAACGAAUCUAACGUCACCAUGACAGCCAAUCCUAUAACGGUAGAGGGCGCUGUAGGACCUGCAAACAGUAUCUGGAUAGAUAACCUAGACAGACAAGUAGUGAUUAACUGGCAAGGUGUUUUCGAAAAUAAAAAUCAUAAAAAAUUAAAUCUGCUGAAUACUAUUGCAACAUUCAAACCGCAGACAAUAAUGCACUUCCGACAUAAGAACGUGUCCUCAGUCUUGGAUGAUCACGAAGGAAAACGUACACUUAAGAAAAUAGCUAACAAAAAUGGAAUAACCAAAGUACAAAUAACUCAUAAUCUCAAAGGUCAUGGGGGGCUUCGACCUUGGACAAAUGUGGCUGGCUUUCUGGACGAGAAGGCGACCCUGAACAUUUCACGUUUGGACGGCGAAACAAUACAGAUAUCAGUAAAGGCCUUUGAUGUGAUGGGGAACAGUGCCACGCAGUCAAUAUUCAUGAAUGUUGACUCAACAUUACCUCAUAUGGAAGAACCUAAAUUGGACCCGAAUGUUAAAAAUGGAUCAUUUCCGUUCUCAAGUGGUGUCCGAUUCUUGGCAUACGAUGGGCAGAGUGGGAUUACCAUGUUUAAAUGGAAGAUCAAGACAAACGAUUCCGAAGAGAUUUUUCAUGAGGGACAAUCACAAGGGAACCGAACAGAGAGAAAGCCAUCUAAACUUGAGGGAGAAUGCAGUCCAGCAGGAGGCUGUUUCUAUUACCUCCACCAGUUUGAGAUAAACAACUGCUGGCUGAUGGUACCCAAAGAUAAGCUGGAGACACAGGUCAUUGAUAUUCACAUUGACGUUUUCAACCUGGCAAUGCUCUAUUCAUCCGUUCGUUUGCAGAUUAAGCAUUUGCCUUCGUUUGAUGGUAUAGAGGAGUAUUACGGACCGAUGGACCUUGUGGUUUCCGGAAAAACAUCCAGCAGCGCGAACUUCCAGUGGCACCAGGGACCGAGCUGUUACGACCGAACAGAUAUACUACUGAUGUAUAAUGAGUCUGGACAGACACGGACAAUGCACGUACACAAGGACUCGGAAUACUACACGCUUGGGAACCUGGAUCCGGAGACUACGUACACCGCCAAGUUUGUCGUUGAGUACGGCAAUGAAAAAAGUGACCCCGUACAAAUUACUUUCAUGACAGGAGAAUAUGAAGGUUUAUCAGCGGGCGUUAUAUCAGCAAUCACUAUAGUUAUGCUGAUCCUUGUGGGCUUACUAAUAGCUGGUAUAGUGCUCUGGAGGACAGGCAAGCUCAAUCGCUACAAGGAAUCAAUCUACGGUCCAAUACAGCGGCGGAUAACCAGGCGUCGGCGAUCUAAUACCUACACCAACUCGAGAGAGGUCAACAAGCAUCAAGAACGAAAGUCAUUUGCGAACCUGGCCUAUUCGGAUGUCGGUGAUGAGGAUGUGUAUAUGUAUGGUCAAAUGGUAUUUAAUGAGAACCAGCCGUGGGAGGUUCAUCACGCUGAAGUGUCUCUAGUUGAAAAGAUGAUUUCAGGACGGUUUGCUGACGUUUUCAAAGCUUCACAAAACUCCAAAAGGAACAAAAGAAAAAUCGUCGUCGCCAAAGUGUUAAAAGAGUCACAUACCGAAAUAGACGAGUUGGUAAUGAAUGCUAAGAUAAACUUCUUCGCCACAAAGGUUGGUUCCCAUACCAACGUUAUUCAAUUCCUUGGGGCUAUCAUUGACAACAAACCACUGGGUCCUUUCAUGCUGUUGGAGUUGUGUGAGACAGGUGUAAUGAGGACGUGGCUGCAGAAUCACCGAACGAAUGUGACCGACAGUGUCGUAGAUACCCUGUAUCGUAUGACCUUUGACAUAGCUAAGGGAAUGGAUUUACUCGCCUCCAAACAGAUUAUUCAUCGCCAUCUUGCUGCCAGGAAUAUUUUAUUGACGUCGUCACUGGAAGCGAAAGUUGCGGGUUUUGGACCUACGAAGGAAAGUGAGCAACAAGAUGCUGACACUGGCAGGGAAAAGGUACCAAUCAAGUGGAUGGCUCCAGAAUGUAUGACGUCAUUGAAAGACGCUACAAUGCAGAGUGAUGUGUGGUCAUAUGCAAUCGUCAUAUGGGAAAUAUUCAGUUUAGGUGACACUCCAUAUCCCGGGAUACGGAGUAUGGACGUGGCCACCAAGGUUACCAAUGGGUACCGUAUGAGCCGUCCUGAGUAUUGUGCUGACAUGCACUAUGAGUUAAUGAAGAAAUGCUGGCAGGAUAACCAGUCGUCACGGCCAAAGUUCUCCGCCAUCGUUCAGGAAAUCAGCAGCACCUUCAGUUCGAGCCAGGGCGACUACUAUUAUUACGCCGCGCAGUGACCAGGGGGACUGAUAACCUCUACCUCUGGUAUUCCACUAAAGAACCACACAUCGAGGUCCUGACUACUACUACGACUAAACCUAGAUACUGCUUAUGUUGACUGAUGUUUCUCAAAAAAGUGGCAAUCAGGAACAGAUAACUGCAACACCCGUAAGUGACCACAUGGACGGUCUACUUCCACUCACCACUCAACAUAGUCAUUAUAGAGUCUGACUGUUGCUACAAUUAAAUGUGCUAGAUCGUAAGACCACGAAGUGAUCUCAAUGAAACCUUUCUGCUUAACCAUUUUUUUCCCUUAAAUCUUCGUUCAGUGAAAUGCGGAAUUAUAUAUACGCAAAUAUGUUUUUACAAAUAUAAUAUGUGAUUGUGUGAUUUUAAAAUAUUAUGUAUGUUUAUUAAUUGCUCGACGUAGUUUGUACAAAUGUUGAUAAACUAGGCAUUUUCGAUGAAAGUCUAUUCUUCUAGAAGGUGUAAAUAUGUAGAAGUGUAAUGAAUAUUAAAAACAAAUGUCGAUUAUAUUUUCAUAGAAAAUUUAAAGAUUGAAUAAACGAUGAAAUUGCCAUUCCCGCUGCUAAUUUACAUGUCUGCCGGACAAUGAACGAGACAUUUUGUUUGUGGUUCAAGCAGGGGCCACCAAGCACUUGUAUUCAUAUAUCCAACAAAAAAUCAAGAUACGCAUGAUACUUCAAAAAAGAAUUAAAAUCUUGACUGAAUUACGGAUUGUUUUCUUUAUUCAAUUUCAGCAUGUUUUAUUGACAAACAAAGGAGUCAAUUGGAUUGAGACAUCAGGCAUUGCCUAUACAAGUCCUCUCACUACAGCAGUGUUCAGAUUUAUAGAACACACAUCCUAUAUGUAUUACAAAUGUUUGAAAUGGAAAAUAAGGCUUUCACGUAUAUAAUAUUAAGCAUGUGUACGAGUAUAUAUGUAUAUACAAAUGUACGUGUAUGUUAGAGUUAUCCACCACCUCAAGCCUGCCGAGUGUGCUGUAACGUUAACAUGUUAGUUUGUGGACAUGUGAUUAGGGAUACACUUAUGUAUGUUUUCAAGUGUAAGAAAUAAACAAUAUCUCUCUCAUAUUACCAGGGUAUUAAAACUAUCAGCAUCAAAAAGAUUUAGGGGUUGGAUGAAGAAUCGAUGAAAAUGAAAAAAAAAAAAUUCUCCUGAAAAAUCCCAACGGACAAAAUAAACAUCUGUGGGUAAAAGAAAACAACUGAAAGGUCCUGGGAUUUGCAAAUGUAAUUGUAAACAGCGCCGGGAAAAUGUUGUUACUGAGUAAAGCGGGGGAAAAUUAAUUAUAAUAUGCAUACAUAAAUCAAGUACGAGACAACAAGUGUUUUCUCCCUGGUUAUAUAAAAAAAAUAGAUAAUGGACAAGGACAAACUCUUUCGCUUUAACAACAAAAUAAAACGCUAUUAUAAACAUCGCGCUGAUCGCACUAGAUAUAUCGCCCCAAAUCUAGGCUAAGCAUUAAAUUUAAAAAACAGGAAACUGAAAAUCUUUAUUAAACGGUACUAUCACCACCUUGUCAUUCGCAAAUUAAAUCGAGCUAAGAAGAGUUACCUCCCAUACUCUUAGAUUGAGCAUUAGAUAUACAAACAAUUUUUCUUGUCAAAAUGACUACAUGCAGUUAAUAGUAUUGACGAAUUUCUUCUAAACAGUAAAUACUCUAUGGGUUGCCAGAGUGAACAGGCAUUCCAAAUAAAAUGUAUAUAUUGAAUAAUCAAAUAUUCCUAGCGAAACCCCUAAAAAGUAUCAGGAUUAAAACUUUAACGAUAUCUGUUUUGUCAUAGGCUUGUUAAUAACCGGAACAAGGACGUGGAGCCUCACCAGUCAAUUAAACAAUCAAUCAAUCAAUAAAUUGCAUCCGCAAAUAACUGUAUGAGGAGAAGGAAGCGUGUGAAUAAAUAAAAUGUUUGAGACGUGAAACUAUCGCAUUCGUGUUUUCUGAUCAAUACAAUAACAAUACAGUGAUCUGUUAUUGCUAUGAACUA